AUGGUCUCCUUUUUCGGCCUCAAGUUUGGUGGCGACAAGAAAAAGGGCCAAACCAAGUCUGGUGAGAAGAAGGGCCGAGAUGGCCCCAAGGCAAUGGAGCAAACAGGGCUGGCUCAAGACAAAUUUUGCGAAACAUCUCAGCCUGCUGAACACCUUGCUCGUCCCGGAACCUCGUACUCAACAAAAGGCCCUGCCAACUGGCGCCAAACUUUCAAGGGGUUCGGUGCCAACUCGUCCAUGGUUGACUUAUCGAGACCCGUACGCAAAGAAAGUGUCAGCAGCCUACGCUAUGAGUCUUCUGACGCCAAUUAUCGCAAUCCGUUCUUAAACAACAGCACUGCAAAUCUUUCUCUCUCAUCUGCUCUCGGCGGAAGUGGCCCACGAGUCGGUACCCCGGAGCGGCCCUCUACAGCUGGAGGGCGGACCAAGGAGUGGGUGAAUCCUCUCGAUGUUCACUUUUGCAAAAAGUCUACCGAGGCACCCGCGCCACUGUCUUGUACUACUGGUGGGCAGCUCAAGAGUCCGCUUGCGCUGCAAUUUGGCGUCGACGACGACGACACUGCAGAGAAGCCAUCAAGCCCUGCCACAGAUAAGACACUGUUGGUUAAGGAAACGACUCUCGACAACAGCUACCCGUCGCCACCGCAAUCUGUCAACAACUCUGACCAAACACUCUCGCCUACAGCAUCUGACCUCCCCAUGACUGGCAAGCCUAAUGGCGCCGCGGCUUCUCUACCGUCCCCGGCAACAUCUGCUUCAUGCGUUAGCGAAGAACGCUGGGAAGCACCUGUUAUUCGCAAUGUGCAUGCGAAGCGAGACACGGCUACCUUUCACUCACCUCGCCGGCGCAGCUUCACCAUGGAUGUAGAACAGCAGGAACUCGAGAAAAUGCGGAAGCAGAGACAGACAGAAGGAUUUGCCGGUAGCUUCGCCGACUUCGACUUUGGUGAGAUUAUCACAAAGCAGGCAUCGAUUGAGCAAUUCCCAGAGCCGCCUUCAGCCGGCCUGAAUGCCAGCCCCAAAGCCGAGCCGUUUCCCAGUUUCCCUGGGGAGCAAAAACCAGCAAGCAAAUUGGACAAUACUCUCAUAAGCUCAACCUAUGUUACGUCCAACAGACCUGAGCACAGCCUGAGAAACUCUCAAUCGGACACAUGGGCAAUGAGAAACAUGAACAACUCACCGGAACUUUGUCCGAACCCCUUUCAACUUCCUCCACCAGCGCCUGUAGAGGCUCCCAACACCACUGCUGCCCGACCUACAACAAUUUACGGCCGAAUUGGGGGAGCGCCAGCCGCUGCUGCCGGUGCGCACCCUGGUAAUAGCCCUGUGGCCACAUUCGAUCCUCCACCUCGCUUGGGAUUCCGUGCCAGACUUGGCUCUGAUGCUAGUAGCCGGCGCAAGAACAAGCCUCCCCAGCCCUUGAAGACAAGUGCUUCGCAACCUAGUCUGCUACAGAAGAGCGUUGCAGCCUUGGGACAAUACGAUGAGCCAAGCCCAAAAUUCGUGCCACUACUAUCCAACAGCGCCAAUCGAUUGCCUCGGGGCGAGGAAUCAGAACGAAGCCUUGAUGCCUGGUCACCCAAGAGCCCGCAAAGCAAUUCCGCGUUGGAAGGUGACUUUCCAGUGACGAAUGGUCUCCCAAGAGGACGCCAGCCACCGAGGAGACCCCCGCGAUCCGACGAAGCCCCUUCACCUGAGCGGCCUGACUUUUCCUUGCCAGAUUGGGGCCUAGUUGAUCCGAUUGCACCAAGACAUUCGGCAAUGCCAUCUCCCCUGGUGACCAGCGGGCAAUCACGGCCUUCGAUCUCUUCUGCUACUGACGCAGGCCUUCCAAGUCCUUCCUUUGCAUCCCUUGAGUUGUCCAUUUCCAACUCGGGCGAAAGUCUCACACAAGCGUUUGAAGACGCACUCGAAAAAACAUCACUUUCUCCGGGUCUGGUUGGUGACUUCUUUGCCGUUGAUACAAGCUGCACAAGCCCUACAGGCACGACGAGCAGAGUCGAAGCCAAAAAGGCACCACCGCGUCCGGCUCCCGUCACACUCCCACCAUCUCCCAAGAAGAGCACGGAACCACGAUCGCCCGCGCCAAAACAAAGCGAAUUUGGCACUACUUUUAUAUAA